AAUGAAUCCUCUUUUUUUCUUCUUUCUUUUUUAUUAUUACUCAUAUCCCCACCUUUCCUUCUUUAUAUAAAAUAUGAAUGUGUGUUUUAAAGACCUUGCACAUCCUUCCAGCUGUCCUCCUGAUCCCGUUCGAUUUAAUGAUACUGUUACAGGCACUGUAGUAACAAUGACUGAAUGGAUUGCUAAUGAAUUAUACCGCUUACAAAACAAUGUGAGACCAAGGCACUGUGAACAUUAUGAAGAAUUAGUGGAAUUAAUCCAGGAACCUAAAUUACUUGAUUCACUGACAGUACCAUCACAAGCACCACCACCACCACCACUGCCUGUUUAUGAUGAUGAGGAUGACGACGAAGAGAGUGAAGAUAGUGAAAAGAAUGACAAUAUACCCGCGGAAGCAACUAAACCUACACACGCUGUCAAGCCAUCUACAGUGAUACUAUGCAGGGUGUUUAUUGAGAUUAUUCGAUAUUGUAGCAGAGUAGGAGGUCCACAAAGCAAUCAUGCACCCCGAUUACUCUUGACCGAAUUUGAAAAGUUACGUCAAGAUAAGAAGCUUUCGAAUACCGUGAAUCCAAUCGCCUUUCGAGAGAACUUACUCAAGAUUCUAUUUGGAAAAAUACAGAUGACAGAACAAUUAGUCAAAUGUUGGAAAUAUUUAUGUGAGUGGGUGGCGGUUUCAAGGCUGGAUCAAACUACUUGGAUCGAAAUGAGUCUAAAUGGUUAUAUUGCUGCUCAACGAUUUAUAUUGGCUGAACAUUACAUUAUGCGCAAAUAUCAAAAGAGAAAUUUAAAAAUAGCUACUGACAUAGUGAUUUGUAAGAAAUAAAAAAAAAAAAAUUAUACAUAAAAA